ACGCGAACAACAACCCUAAUAGCUCAGGUCUGAGGGAACCAACCCCUCACACGCGCCAUCAUGGUCAACAUUACCGAGAAGAUCAAGGAAAUCGAGGCGGAGAUGGCGAGGACGCAGAAGAACAAGGCGACUGAAUACCACCUUGGUCUGCUGAAAGGAAAACUCGCCAGGCUCCGAGCACAGCUUCUCGAGCCGGCGGGCGGCGCGGGCUCGGGAGGCGGCUCUGGCUUCGAUGUCAGCAAGAGCGGAGAUGCGCGUAUAGCCCUCGUCGGCUUUCCCUCGGUGGGUAAAUCUACCUUCUUGUCCAAGAUCACCAGGACGAAGAGUGAGGUCGCAGCCUACGCUUUCACCACUCUGACUGCCAUUCCGGGUGUCCUGGAUUACGGUGGUGCCGAAAUCCAGAUCCUCGAUCUUCCCGGUAUCAUCGAGGGUGCCGCGGAAGGCAAGGGACGCGGACGGCAGGUCAUUUCUGCAGCAAAGACUAGCGACAUGAUCCUGAUGGUCUUGGACGCCACCAAACGGGCCGAGCAAAGAGCAUUGCUGGAGGCCGAGUUGGAGGCGGUGGGCAUCAGGCUCAAUCGGGAACCGCCCAACAUCUACCUCAAACAGAAGAAGGCUGGAGGCAUGAAGAUCACUUUCCAAACUCCGCCCAAGAAUGUUGAUGACAGGAUGCUGUGCAACAUUCUGCGCGACUACAAGAUGCUCAACUGUGAAGUGCUCGUCCGUGACGAGAACAUCACGGUUGAUGAUUUCAUCGAUGUCAUCAUGAAGGACCACAGGAAGUACAUCAGAUGUCUCUACGUCUACAACAAGAUUGAUAGCGUCAGCCUUGACUUCCUUGACAAGCUCGCAAGAGAGCCGCACACGGUCGUCAUGAGCUGCGAGUUGGACCUGGGCAUCCAGGAUGUCGUUGACCGGUGCUGGAAGGAGCUGCGCUUGAUCCGCAUCUACACGAAGAGGAAGGGCGUGGAGCCCGACUUUAGCGAGGCGCUGAUUGUCCGCAACGGGGCGACGAUUGAGGAUGUUUGCGACCAGAUUCACCGGACGAUCAAGGAGUCAUUCAAGUACGCAAUGGUGUGGGGAGCAAGCGCGCGGCACGUCCCGCAGCGGGUGGGAUUGGGCCACGUCGUGGAGGACGAGGAUGUGGUCAGCAUUGUGUCGGCUUUCAAGGCGUAGGUUAGCAGGUAGUUGAAAAAUCAAGGAUAGAAACAAAGCAAGCGUUUGCCUCCUGACCACGGGUGACGCACGCUGGGUGGCAC